CUGUAUAAGAUAAUUGGAAGCCUACGUUCAUAUUCAGCGUCUCUAUAAAAAUCAACCGUCAGGGAUUAAAGCAAACAAACUACUAAAGCAGUCUGUGGCACAAAGUUGAAGUAAGAAGACGUGUAUACCGAUUUUGUAACAAUGGUGAAACUUAUAAUUUGUUUGGCAGUAAUUGCUCUAUUCGUCACUAUUGCAAGUGCACAAGAAUGCCCAUCAUUCAGCAAGGUUCAAAAUUGCACUCCAAAAUGCUUGCAAGAUACUGAAUGCAGUAGCAUAGGAGGAAAGUGCUGCCCAAAUGUUUGCAAUGGUCGCUCAUGCGCACAACAAAAUACUCUUUCGAAAUCUGAUUCUGGAUCGAGUGCUUUUGGAAGCAAAGACAAAUAUUCUGGUGGCGCUGGAACCUAUUGUGGUAAUGUAAAAUGCAGUUCAUUUGAAAAGUGCGAUAUGGAUAAAUCAACAAAACGUCCAAAAUGUGUGCGUUCCUAAGUAAUUUUUUUUUUCUUUAUCUUUUGUUAACUUUCCAAUAACUUUUUAUCACUUUAAUGUUUAAACAAAAUUUCGAAUAAAUAAAUUUUUAGCAAUAAUAAAAUA